CCCAUGGGAGCCCGGCGGGCCGGUGGGUGCCCAUGGCUUUCAGCCCGGGGCUGUUGGUGGUGGCCGGUUCCUUCGCCGCUUUCCGCCUGCUGAACCGGGGGCUGGAGCGGCUCGUGCCGCCGCCGCCCUCGGCCCGGCGCAACCGCUGGAAGUGGCGCAACAUCUGGACAUCGCUGGCGCACAGCGUGCUCAGCGGAAGCGGGGCGCUGGCCGGGUUCUACCUCCACCCCGAGAUGUCCGACGACCUGGUGGGCACACACCCGCCCGGGGCGCACAGCCUGGUGGCCGUGUCUGUAGGCUAUUUCAUUGAAGACUUUGUGGACAUGUUGUGCAAUCAGAAACUUCAUCAGUCCUGGGAGCUGCUCUUUCAUCACUCUGUGGUGAUCAUCUGCUUUGGGAUUGCCGUGCUGCUCCACCAGUACGUCGGCUUUGCCCUCGUGGCUUUACUGGUGGAGAUCAACUCCAUCUUCCUCCACCUGCGGCAGAUCAUGCUCAUGGCCAACCUGGUGCACACCACCUGCUACCGCCUCAACAGCCUCAUCAACCUGGGCACCUACGUGGUGUUCCGCAUCGCCACGCUGGCCUGGAUGAGCCGCUGGCUCUUCCUCAACCGGCAGAACGUGCCCCCGGCCACCUACGCCGUGGGCACGGUGGGCAUGGCAAUCAUGACGCCCAUGAACGUCAUCCUCUUCUACCGCCUGCUGCGGAGUGACUUCCUCAAAUCCAGGAGGGAGAAGGAGGAAUAGUCCCUCCCCUGAGAAGGGGCACUUCCAAGCCUGUGGAAGCACGUGGAGGGUGAAUGUUUUGGUACCUCGCAGGGAGGGGCUGCACUAACAGAGCAUCCAGGCUUUGCUUGUGGCUCAAGAGCCUGGGCCCUGCACAGCAGAGGAGGUGCUCGUGGACCAGGCACGGUGGCUCUGCUCCCCAGACGCUUUUGGAUGAUGUGGUUGGACAAGCGGGAGCUGCUGAGAGAAGCCUCGACAGCUCUCACAGCUCCCUGAGGCACCACUGAGAUGAGACGGGGGCAGAGCAGCACUGUUUCCCCACUGCUCUUCCAGACAUCCCAACACCACCGAGUGUUUCCAACCCCUUUGGUGCUGCCGUGUCCCAUCAGCCACGGGACACUGAGUUCUCCGUGCCAUCUCCUGUGGGAACACCACCAGCAAGACAGGUUCCAAGGCUUUGCCUUCGAGGUGAUGGUCAGUAAAAAACAAACCUUGCACUGAUGAGCCCUCCCUGAGGAGAUUUCCCAGGCUGAGACCUGGCUGGGUGGCAGCUGCCCACUGUGGGGGCAGCCCCAACCUCUCCUGGCAACUGGAGCUUUUCCAUCUUGUUUUGUCCCCAGAUAAUUCAAGUGCCCAUAAAUGAGCGUGGGAGAGCAUGAGUGGCUGGUGGGAGGAUGCUGUGUGAUGGUCACUUCUCACACAUGAGGGGUUUUCAGGCACUUUUUAAGAUUCAGGCAUCUGUUAGGAGUGCCAAGUUGUGCUGCAGAGCCCGGGGUAAUGCUCUCACUUGACAGCAAAGGCUCUUACUAACAUGAGCUUUUAAUAAAUGGCUGCAAAUGAAGUGGCUUGAGGGGAAAGGACUGAGAGGGGACACGAGGACUCAUCAUCCCAGCCCAAUCUGGGGGUGUCACUGCUUAGCCCAGUCCUUACCCCCAGUCUCCCUGCCAUGGAGUGAAAAUACACUGUACACUGGCACACUCUA